CGCCACGAUGCCGAAACGCAAGCGCGCCGAAAGCGAGCAGCUCUCCGCCGGCGAUGGCGAUAGCGAUGGCGAUGCCACCGCCCCACCCUCCAACCGCGCCUCCGACCGCGUCUCCUCCGACCGCGCCAUCGCGAAGCAGCGCGCGCAGCUGCCGCCCAAGAUCGAAGCGGGCAAGAAGACGCUGAACAAGGCGCUGAAGCUGGCGCGGGCGUUUGAGCGCCAGAAGAUGAGCCGGCGGCGCAAGACGGCGGUGCAGGCGGGGAACGAGAGGGACGUUGCGCGGAUCGAUGGCGAGAUUGAGGCGCUCAAGAAGCUCAACUACCACGCCGUCGCCGAGGCGCACCUCUACAGGACGCUGCUCAAGAUCAAGACGAUAGCGGAGGCGCCGGCACUGCCGCCGUGGGUGCGCCAGCCGCCGAAGCAGGCCGAUGCCGCGACCAUGAAUGUCACGGCGAGGCUGUUCAAUGCCAAUCCCUCCAAGGAGGCCAUGGCCCAGGUUCUGGCGGAGAUACGCGGCGUGCUGGGCCUGGAGGACGGCGGGAAGGGGCCGCAGACGAAGAAGUCAAAGUCGAGAGCGGAGACGGACACGAAGCAGCGGGGGAAGAGGGCGGCGGCGCGUGUGGAGGAGGAGGAGGACAGCGACGACAUCAGCGGGAGCGAAGAAGAGGACAGAGAAGAAGCUGAGGGCAGCGACAGCGACAGCGGCAGCGAGGACGAGUUCGCAGGCUUCGACGACCGCAUCGUCGGCUCCGACGACGACGACGAAGAGUCCGGCUCCGACGCCAACAACGGGCGCGCCCUCGCGCCCAAAGGCUACAAGCCCACGCGCGACAUGUCCAUCACGCCCGACGGGACACCGUCGCGCUCACCAACCCCCUCCCCGGAGCCGCCCUUCUCGCGACCCGCCAAGCCGGCCAAACCCACCGCGACGACGAAAUCGACGUUCAUCCCGUCGCUGACGCUGGGCGGGUACGUGUCGGACUCGGACGCGUCCGGGCCGGACGACGACGACGCCGCCAUGGCCGAGCAGGUGGCGCCGGCGCGGCGGAACCGGCGGGGCCAGCGCGCGCGGCAGCAGCUGUGGGAGAAGAAGUUUGGGGGCGGGGCGAAGCACUUGGUGAAGCGGGAGCGAGAGGCGGGGUGGGAUAUGCGGCGGGGGGCGGUGGGGGAGGGAGGCGGGCGAGGCGGGCGAGGUGGGCGGGGAGGAAGAGGGGGGCGCUUUGCUGGUGGUGCUGGUGGGAACAGAGGCGGCCCAGCAGGCACGGAUGCGAAUGCAGUGGCUGUGGGGCCGGCGCGCAAGAAGGACCAUAGAGACGAUGCGGGCAAGUUGCAUCCGAGCUGGGAGGCGGCGAAGCGGGCCAAGGAGAAGAGCGCGGGCGCGGCGACGUUCCAGGGCAAGAAGGUCGUGUUUGAUUGAUUGAUUGAUUGAUGAGAGGGCGGGAGAGAUAUACCUAUUUUCGUUGCUGCGUGUAUGUACAUACGUUGGGUUGAAAGACUACAUUACAUUGCUCAGACUUUUUGUAUUGUCGUGCUAUGC